AACAGUGAAAACAAAAAAAACAACUGGAAAGAAUAUUCAGUGGUCGAACGAUGGCGUCUCUCAAAAUUCCUGCAAAUGUUCCUCUUCCCGAAGAAGACUCCGAGCAGCUCCGCAAGGCCUUUAAAGGAUGGGGAACAAACGAGGGGAUGAUCAUAUCAAUCUUGGCACAUAGAAACGCAGCGCAACGUAGCUUAAUCCGUGCUGUUUAUGCAGCUAACUACAACAAAAACCUUCUCAAUGAAUUAGACAAAGAGCUAUCCGGUGACUUUGAGAGAGCUGUGAUGUUGUGGACUCUUGAGCCAGUAGAGAGAGAUGCAUAUUUGGCCAAAGAAUCUACCAAGAUGUUCACCAAAAACAACUGGGUUCUUGUUGAAAUCGCCUGUACUAGACCUGCUCUUGAGUUUUUCAAAGCCAAGCAAGCAUACCAAGCUCGCUACAAGACCUCUCUUGAGGAGGAUGUUGCGUACCACACAUCUGGAGAUAUCCGAAAGCUAUUGGUUCCUCUUGUGAGCACCUUUAGGUACGAUGGAAACGCUGAUGAGGUCAACAUGAAGCUGGCUUCUUCAGAAGCUAAGACACUUCACAAGAAGAUUACUGAGAAGGCUUACACUGAUGAAGAUCUCAUCAGAAUCCUGACAACAAGGAGCAAAGCUCAGAUCAUGGCCACCCUUAAUCACUUCAAGGACAAGUUUGGAAGUUCCAUUAACAAGUAUUUAAAGGAAGAUUCAGAAGAUGAAUAUGUUCAACUACUCAAAACCACGAUCAAAUGCUUGACAUAUCCAGAGAAGUACUAUGAGAAGGUUCUACGUCGAGCCAUCAACAAGGUGGGUACAGACGAAUGGGCACUCACUAGAGUGGUCACUACACGAGCUGAAGUCGACAUGGAGCGGAUCAAAGAGGAAUACUUACGCAGGAACAGCGUUCCUCUUGAUCGAGCCAUUGCUAAUGACACUUCUGGUGACUACAAGGACAUGCUUCUCGCCCUUCUCGGUCAUGACCAUUCUUAAAACAACAUCAUCGUUUCAUUGUCUUUAAUAAAACAGCUACAUGAUUGAUAAGUGUUCGUCAUUAUCUUUUGGUAACUGAUCCUUAGUUUUAUUGCAACAAUUUAUUCGGGUCUUGAAUCAUA